AUGAAUAAAUUAAGCAGUUCAAAAAGUAGUUCUGCUGCCAAAGCAGCCAAGAAAAAAUCGUUAAAAGGUGUAUCCGUUUCAGAAAAGGAAAUUAUUUCAAACAAGGAAGAAAAGGUUGUUAGUGCAAUUAACAAUGAUCUACAACAGCAAGUAUCCCAUGAUAUCGGAUAUGACAUUCCAGGUAUGUUAUCUUUUCAAGAAGAGAAACCUUAUGAAACUAAUGCAAAUGUAGGUGACGUAACAAAUGCAAAAAGCAAUCAUUACAGCAGUUGCGACUAUUCUUUUUUGAAUAAACCAACCAGAGAUCAUUUUUCUUACACUUGUAAUAAAAACACGUAUAUGCAACACAUCCCAAGCGUGCUUCAUGCAAAAAUGGAUACAAGUAGUCAUUGUAAUGAUGAUAUUUAUGGAGAAAGUGGCAAUUAUGGAGGAAGUGGCAAUUAUGGAGGAAGUGGCAAUUAUGGAGGAAGUGGCAAUUAUGGAGGAAGUGGCAAUUAUGGAGGAAGUGGCAAUUAUGGAGGAAGCCUCAAUUAUGGAGGAAGUGGCAAUUAUGGAGGAAAUCUCAAUUAUGGAAAUAUCCCCAGCUCCGAUAAGACCACUAAUCGGGAUUCUACCUUUCCCACAAAUUUAGAAAAUUAUGAAUAUUUAGAUAUGGGGAAUACCUUGAAGCACACCUAUGAUAAUGAAAAUAAUUUACCAGUGCAUGAUAGUUAUUCAGGGACAAAUAGACAGUUAUAUUGCGCAAAAAACACAUUAUCUCCCAUCUAUUCAAGAUAUUCUAACAUGAGCCAAAAUAUUUCCAGCACAAAUCCACACAAUUAUAAUAGCUAUACUAGUAGAACCCCUCGAUUAUGUGGAAGGACCGCAUAUAUUCCUUUUGAGAGUAAGAAAGAUAGCAAUUCUUUAUGUAGCCCGCAAACUUUUUCAGGUUACGUAAAUGAAUAUCCCUAUGCAGAUAGCGAGAAUUUUAAAAAUAAUCCACCACUUUUAUAUUACUUAGAGAAAGAUGAAGAUGAAUGUUGUUUUUUAAAAAAAGGAAUAAAUUGUUCAUUAACAGGCUGCAAUUCAAAUGUAAAUGAUUUAUCUGGACCCCAAUAUGAAUACAUAAUCCAAGGGCCUAAAUUAUCACGGGCUAUUCAUACUCGAAAACAAAGAAAAUUUGAUUUGUUCAAAAAAAUUACCCUAACCGUAGGGACAUAUUUAGAUGAUGCUGUAAAUUUAGUAAUAGAUAUGUUAGCAUCAUCGUACAAACGCAUAUCGAAGAAUAAUAAAACUAACUUAUAUGAUUUAUAUCCAUUUUAUAAUCCAGAUCCUUUUUAUUCAAGAAAAGAACGACCAACAUUAAAAACGGGAAGUAAUUUAUUAGACAAAAUUAAUUCAGCAUUAGAUGGGACCACGUUAGAAAAGCAUAAAAAAUUGCCAAAAGAUUUUGGACGAGUUGCAAUUCCUAAAACGCAAAAAACGGGUAGUAAAUUCGUUGAUGGGAUGAAUAAUAUGUUAGACAAUUUAUUAAAUGAACCAUUGUCUUAUCAAAAAUAUGACUACUUUAGUGAUAAGUACAAGAAUAUGAAUGGAAAGGAAGGAUAA